CUCCGACGCAUCCACACAUACAAGAAAGAAAGAAAGAAAGAAAAAAAAAGGGUAGAGAUGCCUAUAACCUCCGACUCCAAAUUCAUCAACGUAAACAAAAUAGGCAGAAAACAUAGCUUAAAGCCAUCACUCCAGAAGCCGACCCUCGAACAUUUCUACAACAUCUCUGAUUUUAUUCACUACACAAGCAAGCAAGUAUACACAAUGGCAGAAACUGAAAUCAUCGCUCCCACCACACUUUUGAACAUGCCAUUCAACACCCGUCCCGUCAAUGACAACCCCAAAGUAAACAUUGACAACCUCCACGCCAACUGCACCUUGUCCCAGGAGACCCCAAGCACCAUGGCCACCAAGACUCGUGUGGAAAUCGAGCUCUCACCCCUCGCGUGGGAGUGGAUGAGAAUCAGCGUCGGCACGGAGCACUACCAGCCCGCGAAGAGAGUUAUCGCUGAUGUGCAUGGUGCCCGUGAGCAGGGGCUGUAUGAUUUGCCCUCUCAGCAGACUAACGAGGUUGUUGUGAGACUUUAUGCACCGACAAGCGAUAACCCGGGGCAGCUGUUUACUCUGUUCGACAAGGUUAUUAAUCUUGUUGAUAUGCUACGUCGUCGUGCAUCCACAAUUGAGAAAGUGAGUAUCGUGCUUGAGAGCCUCGAUGGACAGGAGUGGCACCAUGAGCAGGUUACGAUUAGUGGUGUGAAGGAGAGCUUCUUUGUGCCGUGGGCGGAUGAUUGUGAUAUGAUGGUCGUGCCAUUUUGCAGUCUGAAGAAUGUCGGGGACGUUUCUGUGCAUGGACACUCGAGGGAGUUGGAGCGGUUGAUUGACUGGAAGGUCAUCGAUUGGGCCGUUGGUGUGGUUCGGCAGAAGUCGUGGGAGAAGUACGUCCCUGAUCCAGCUAGGGCUCGUGCUUCUCGUCGGUCUGAUACGACGACUUACUACACUUCGUACACCCACCGGCCUCAUCGGUCUACGCCGGGGAUGGACGUUGACCGGAUGGUUGCUGAGUAUUACCUACGCAUCCAUGUCAACCUAAUGCGCCAUGACUUCCGCGACACAGGCCGUCACCAACGCCGCGACCUUCUCAAACAAUCUUUUGUCUACGGAGGAAAAUCCAUGAACACCCCGCCCUCCUCCUUCGAACACGACAUGAUUCUCAUCGCUGAGGAAUACCCAGACCUGCUGAGGAAGUACGAUCACGCAAUCGAAGUCCUCCUCCACAUGCAACGCAUUGUGGUCUGCGCGUAUGAGCGCACCAAGCCUGACACCCACACUGACACAAAAAUCGUCAUCCAAUAUUACAACUGGGAUGUGGCGGCGUGGGAGCUUGUUGAGGGUGCUUUUAAGGAUCCACUACCGAAUAUGGAGUCAAGGGUUUAUCGGGAGUGCGCGGCGGAGCUGGGGACGUUUGUAGACUAUAAUGAGUGUUUGGAAAGGGUGGUGGAGAGGAAGAAUGAUUGGUUGGUGGAGGUUGUGGGAGUGGGUCGGUUUUUGCAGGAUUGGGUGCAUGAAUUUGUGUAUGGGCGGGAUGGUGAGGAUGAUGAUGAUGAGGAUGAGUACAGUGAGGAUGAAUAUGACGAGGAGAAUGUCGAAAAAGAUGACGAGGAUCACGAGGAAGAGAACGAACACGAAUGCGAAGAUGAAGAGGAUAAGGGUAACGACGUCGAGGAGGAAGAUAAAGAGGACGAGAGCGUUGAGAACGAAGGUAAAGAUCGGGAAGUCGAUCAGGAAGCAGGUCCUCGUGACGAGGAUGACGAGAGACAGGACGAGGCUAAAGACGAGGAAGUGCAAGAGGAAGAGAAUGUUGUCGAUGACGACAAGGAAGAGGACAAGGAAGAGGGCGAGAAUGAAGAUGAGGGUGAAGUGUACUACGCAGACGAUGACUGGGAUUUCUGUGAGUGUUAAGCUUAGAUUGAGGCAUACGGAAGAACUACAGCACGAAAUAGCUACUAUCCCACCAUACAGGUCUAAAUCGAUCACAGAUAUCUUGAUAGCCUAC